UCAACCUGUAAAAAACCAUACAAUUAUUACUUGUAUAUAGUAACAAUUAUGAUACAGUCAUAAAAUGAAUGAUCUUUGUUUAAAUAUGCUUUGUAGCAUAAACUUUGAUAUUACUUAGAAAUUUUUACAUAUUUAAUCAUAAAUCUUUACUUGUCUGGUUUAUUUAUUCAGGUGUCUUAUUGACUCUAUUGUUGCUUAUUGACAGUGGUAUAAAAAUAAGUAAUGUUGACGCUUAUAACCUCUUCAGGUCUGCAGACUUGGAGCAGCUCUACCAGCAGUUCUCCUCGGCUCAGAGAAGAACCUCGCUGGUCGUCACUGUUGUCGUUGACAUCCUGACCCGCCUGCUAGUCUCAUUGCUAACAUGGCCAACGGGCUGGUGGGGCAUGGCCUGUGAUUGGUUUACUGGCCUGUCUAUAAUCUUGUGGAUAGGAAUCUGCCUGGUGGUUCUGACCAGAAAGGAAGUCAUGUCAUCACCUCAUUGGCUUAGGUAUCUGUCAGUGGUCAGCUGGCUGUCUCAGACCUUCCAAGUACUGGUGAGUGUUUUCAGUUGGGCGGAGAGCGAUCACUCUUGGUAUGUCUUCUUCACGCUUUUCUCCACUUACACCCUCCUGCCCCUCCCGCUCCUCUGGUCCAUCACUGCGGGGGCAACCACCUCCACUCUGCACCUCCUGGUGGAUUUCUGCUGUCACUAUAAUGACCACAGCUUCAUCAGAAAGGUGUUGUCCAAGGCUCUGCUGUAUCUGGCUAUGAACACUGCGGGUCUGUUCAUUCACUACCUGUCUGAUCGGACUCAGAGACAGUCUUUCCUGGAGACCAGGCGCUGUAUCGAAGGACGAGUCAGACUAGAGAGGGAGAACAACAGACAAGAACGCCUGGUGAUGUCAAUCCUGCCACGAUUUCUGGUUCUGGAGAUGAUUGGUGACAUGGCCGUCAUGGAAGAUUAUAUGCUGCCUCAGCAGCUGCACAAGAUCUACAUUCACCAUUACAAGGAUGUCAGCAUCCUGUUUGCAGACAUCAUCGGCUUCACAUCGCUCUCGUUGAUUCUUUCGGCUCAGGAUCUCGUUAAAACCCUCAAUGAACUCUUUGGUCACUUCGACAGGCUGGCUGAGGAGCACCAGUGUUUGCGCAUUAAGAUUCUGGGUGACUGUUAUUACUGCGUAUCAGGAGUCCCAGAGCCUCAGAGAGGACAUGCCCGCUGCUGUGUGGAGAUGGGCCUCAGUAUGAUCAACACUAUACGUUACGUUCGUCGGGAGCUGCAGCAGGAGGUGGACAUGCGAAUUGGCGUACACUCUGGCUCUGUCCUUUGUGGUAUUUUGGGUCUUCAGAAGUGGCAGUUUGACAUCUGGAGCUGGGACGUGGACGUCGCCAACAGUUUGGAGGCUGCAGGAGUGCCUGGACAGGUUCACAUCUCACAGGCCACUCUGGACUGUCUAGGUGGGAUCUAUGAGACGGAGGCGGGACAUGGCCAGGAGCGUAGCGAGUUUCUACGGAAACACAACAUCGACACAUACCUGGUCCGUCCGGCAUCGAAGGAAGAUGUGGAGCCGCCUAAAGCAAGGCGCCCCAGUUAUGAUGAGAUAACAACGUGGAGUGCUGAGCUGCCAUUUGGGGACAUCCUAGGAAAGAAUUUUAUCCUUGCUACUUUUACCAAUGGUUCACUGACCCAGCUGCCCAAUCAUAUCGCAGCUCAGCGCUCAGGAACACGGGAGGUGAACAAGAGGAUUCGCCAGGCCAUGGAGGUGCGCAGCAGUGAGCGAAUGAGGAAGGAGCACAUCACCACCUUUACUCAGGUGUUUAAGGACUCCCACGUGGAGGGAAAGUAUUCCCAGAUGAGAGACGAACUCUUCAAAUCUAACAUGGUUUGCUCCUUCAUUCUGCUGCUGCUUCUAAUGACAGUCCAGAUGCUAAUCCCAGCCCCAAGAUUGUGUCCAAUGGUCGCACAGUUUGUGGUCAGUGGCAGCAUUUACUUUCUGCUCCUGCUGCUGACUCUGGGGGAGGAAUUUAAGCAUUGUCCUGCUCCCCUCCAGUCAAUCUGCUGUUGGGUUCAUGAAAACAAGAGUGCCCGCACACUGCUAACACUUACUGCCAUCACUGUCAACUUUGGAAUUGCCUCUGCAGACAUUCUGUGGUGUGAUUCAUCAGAAACUGACAUCAGCAGCAGGGACUCCCUGCUGGCUCCGCCUCCCUCGGCUUGGACCGACAUCAACAUUUGCACAUAUCCAGAGUACAUGGUUCUAAGUGGCGUGGUUGCUAUGGUUACCUGUGCCGUGUUCCUCAGACUGAGCUGCGUGUUGCAGCUGGCCGUUCUACUGCUGUUUGCUGCCGUCUACACCUACAUAAUCGAGAAUUACAGGUCUCAUCACUUGUGCAGGAAUGGAGUCUGUGUUGUUCUUAUGGUGAUGUUUGUGGUGGUUGUCCUCUUCAACAGCAGACAGCUGGAGGCAACAGCACGGCUGGACUUCCUCUGGGGCCUUCAGGCAAAGAAGGAGGUGGAGGACAUGAAGGAGCAGCGGGAGCACAAUGAGUGUCUGCUGCUCAAUAUCCUGCCCGCACAUGUCGCCCAGCACUUCUUGGAGAGAGACCGUAAUGAUGAGGAGUUGUACUCACAGUCGUAUGAGCGAGUGGGCGUGCUGUUUGCCUCUCUGCCUGGAUUCUCCGACUUCUACGAGGAAAAGGAGGUCCUUCAUCAGCAUGUUGAGUGUCUCCGCCUCCUUAACCACAUCAUCAGCGACUUUGAUGAGCUGCUGGAUGAAUGCUACUUUCAGCAGGUGGAGAAGAUCAAAACCACUGGCAGCUGCUACAUGGCAGCUUCAGGCCUCUCACCUGACAGGCAGGAUUGUGAGGAUGGCUGGAAUCACCUGAGCGAGUUGGUCCUGUUUGCUCUUGCCAUGCAGGAAACUCUAAAACACAUCAACACACAGACAGGAAACAGCUUCCAGCUCCGUGUUGGUGUGGCUCACGGUCCGGUGAUAGCAGGUGUGAUUGGAGCCACCAAACCUCAGUACGACAUCUGGGGGACGACGGUGAACAUGGCGAGCAGGAUGGAGAGCACCGGUGUGAGCGGGCGGAUACAGGUCUCAGAACUCACCAGCUCUAUUCUGGUUGAACGAGGCUUUCUGAGGCAGCUCAGAGGGGACGUUUAUCUCAAAGGGAUUAGUGAACGCCAUGGAAAGGUUCGAACGUACUUCGUGAGCAGUCGGGAGGAACGAUCCAGCUUCAUAGAGCGUGGCGGGGGGCGGGGCUUCAGCCUCAAUAGGAACACACUGGGAGCUGUGGUCUACAGUUUGGUUCAAGCCCAGAAAAGGGAGAAGAUGAGGGAGGAGAACGGAGGCUUCCACCUGGUGGAAGCAUCGUGAGGAGGAAAAAAAGGUUUGGUUUAGAGGGUAAAAGGUAAAAUUGUCACCAGCUAUUAAAGCUGAAAUGUUGAAGGAGGUAAGGAGUUUGAACAUUCAUCUGCAUCGUCUUAAAGUAAAGGAAAGAUUAGUAACGAUGGUGAUAGAUUGUCGUACUUUUGGUCUGUUUUGGAACAAACUGCUCCUGUGGUGCUUUGCAGAGCAAAGCUAAGAACAUGGAAUAAUGGAUGUGCAGAUUAAACAUCACUAAUCGCUGAGACACUGAAGGAAAGUUAAAGUAGACAGAUUCUCAGAGGACCUCUGAUGUGUCUGUUUCUCUGGUUUCUAAGUGGAUUCCUGGAAGUUUAUUCUGGAUAUUCAAGCAGCCUUCCUUUAUAGGAGUUGUGAUUCUGCCAAGACUUUGAUUCAGCAAAACAUUUCAUGUUUUAUUUUAUGUGUUUAUAUAGCUCUGGUUUCCUCAUAUGAAACUAUGGGCUUUAAGUCAAUACAAGAUUAUAGUUACAUUUUUAACACAACAUGUAACUUUUUACAAAAAAUGUUUGUAAAAAGAUUUGAUCAAAGUGUGAAGAAUUUUCUUGUUAUUCUUUUGUAAAUAAUCAAAUAUUAAGCAUUUAUUUACUGUGUUUUUAUGCUUGCUGUAACAGGUUUCAAACUCUUCUAGCAAUUUUUUAAAAUUGUCAUAACUUCAACUAACCACCAGGUGGAGCCGACUGCAGGACCAAAAACAUUUCCAGAAUCAAAGCACUUUACAUUUGGAUAUUUUAGAUUUGUGGACAUAUAAGAGACACAUUAAGUUGUGACAGGACUUUGUUUGUCCACAGAGGACAAAGUGUGUCUG